AUGUGUCGCCCUCCUUACACAGUCGAAUUGACUCCUCGGACCCUACCGCCAGCAUUUCGAGAAGAUGCACUCACUCGGCCACGUCUAAUCGUUGUCAGUGCCACCUCAGCCAGUCCGAGCACCAGACCGCUGCUUUGGCAGUCGGUAUUCCCCAGGGUGCCAGGUCAAGAUGUCAGACACGAAAGCGCAAGAGCACUACUACCAGGAUAUCUGAACUGA